AUGGCUGCUACCGCGUCAUCACCCACGGGUCUCACACUCGAGCAGCGAGUCAAAGCACUACCCCAAGAACUUCAAGACCUCAUCUACGGCUUCACCUUCGAGCAACCUGACCCCACUACCAUUACCAUCGAUGCGAACUUCAGACCACCUGUGAACCUCCAAAUCAACAAAGCCAUCCGCAAAUCAUUUGCGGCACUCUACUACAGCAAAUUCAUCUUCUGCUCAGACGACAUCCAUAGCUUGCAGAACUGGGUUGUCAGUCUCACUUCCCAACACCGUGCCUUCCUCUGGGAUCUCAGGCUACAUGGCUACCAAGACGGCGUGUGCGAUGGCGAUAGGAGCGUGGCCACCGCGCGAGCGACGAAGUUUUGGCAAAGUUUGCCAUCGGAGGCGAGGAAGGAGAUCCGUUAUUUUAUGGUUAUGGCGAGCUAUGUCUUGUCGAAUGGCGCCUUCAGAGAGGCGAAUGUGGCGUGGGCUACUGCCGAACCGCCGAUGGAGAUUCCUGAGCGGUGGGAGAAGGCAUUGGAGAGAGCGAGGAGGAAGCUGAAAUGGGAUUGCGGUGCGGCGUGGAUGGACGACUUCUGGCAGAGUAUUGAGGGUGUAAAGGUGGUGUGA